UUGAUGUUGACACAAGGAAUCCGACAAUUAAGAAAGCUUGUAUUGAGAUGAUGAAGCUUGCGGUUCGCCAACAACGUUACAGGCUGAAGAAGACAUUUUUCGAUCCUUUUCCACUACAUUUAGUUAUGAAAACUUCUCCAAUCAAUUCCAUGUCUGAUAAACAGUGGAUUGACCUUGUGGAAUCAUGGAAGGCUCCAGAAAAAAUGGACAUAUGUCAAACGAACAAAGACAACCGAGAUAAUGUUAUGUUACAUCAAACUACCGGGUCCCAGAGUUACAUGGUCUUUGUUGAAAAUAUUGGAGAUAAGUACAGUGGUCAUGAACCUGAUGCAUUUGAUUUGUUCAAGGACUGCCACUACAACAAGAAAACGAAGGGCUACACGCCUGCUGUGCAGGCUGCAAUUGCUCAAAUGGAGAACAAGUUAUCUACAACUACAGAAAGUGAAGCACCCAAGGUUGUGAAUCAGGUUGUAGCUGAUGUGCUUGCUGAGAGAACACGAAAGAAUCAGUUCCUUUGCAAUGUGGGGAUCGAGAUUGCACAGCCUACAUCCAGUGAACAAAAUGGUGCUGUCCCAGAUCUGCAAGCAGAGAAUGCUAAACUUCGGUCGAUUAUCAACACCCAACAUAGACAGAUUGAUGAUUUGACAAUGAAAGUACAUGAAACAGAGGAGGGAAGAAUCGGGACAAAGAAGAGACAAGUAAGAAGUAAGCUGAGCUGGAAGCGAAACUUGAACUAGUGCUAAGUCAGGUUCGACGGAGUUAAGCAGCUGCAUAUGUUGUUUUGCUGUACCACUGCUACCAUUCUGCUGCUGCUUGCUGUAGUGUUUUGCUGUUUUUGGUGGAGUGCCUAUAUGCCAUGGGAUUGGAUGUGUUCUGCAAUAAACUUUUGUUACUGCAUCAGCAUUUUGUUGCAGAACACAUCAUGGGAUGGGAUGUGAUGUUGCUUCAACAAACUUGUGUGUUGUCAUGCUCAAUUUCUGGAUUGUUGGAUG